AUGGCGACCCCAAGGAAUACUGCUUACGCAGAGGAGAGCGCGGAGGUGGAGGUGUUGUAUGCCAAUCUUGAGAAGCUUAAAGUUCUUACCAAGAAAAUCCAAGGUUCCCUUGUCCGCCUUGAAACUGGAGGGAACGUCGUGAAACAUGCUAUUGGGCCUAUCUACAGUAAUACCCAAUCGCUUCAAAUCACCAACAAUAACAUUGAUAAGGUCAAUGACGCCAUUGACCGCCUGCGCCAACCUCUCGACGCAAAGAGUCGGGAGGAGGGCAUCAUCCGCUCUGGGCCGCAAAAUGCUGAGUUGUCGCAAUAUCUCGCAGCAAUAAAACGUGUAGAAAAGGCCCUCGUUGACCUCAACUCCACGAACUUGAGAUCAAACCAGAAAGCUAUUUCUGACUUCAAUUCUUUAUUGAGUACCGGGACUGUUCGACUUCAAGACUUGUUACGAAGCAAGUUAAGCGACGACGUCAGUCCUAUCGAGCCUUUGCAUUAUCUAACGAAAGAACUACCGUUUCCUUCGAUUCCGGAAGAAACCGUUACAGAGCUAGGACCUAUAUGUGCCGCAAUCAAUUCCGCAGCAAUUCACGGCCCACAACAUGGCGACGGCGGAAAUCCCGCCCUUAAAAUAUAUGCUGCAGUUCGAGCACCGUAUAUCACUUCAAGCCUGCAAAAUCUUGCCAUUGCAUCGCUGAAUACUGUUAAAAGACGAGCUGAUGAUGGCCCUUACAGACAAGGCACUAAUGGAAUUGGCAUUUAUUCGAACGCCUUGGAGAACUUCAUAUACGCCGAGCACGAUAUCAUCUCAAGAAUCUUUACUGGGGAUCAGCGGGGUUUGGCUCUACAAGCAACAUGUCAGUCAGCUAUGGCUGAAUACUCGAAGACCCUGCGUGAGCUGAAUCAAUAUAUCAAAGCCAAUCUCAUGACGGACUGCUUCUUAGCUUUUGAAAUCAUUGAGAUUGUUACAGCGAUGUCUUAUCGUGUUGAUGCAAAGACAGGGGAGCUCAAGAGCAUGUUCAUUGAAGCUCUUAGGCCUAUUCGCGAAACCGCAAAGUCAUCCCUCUCAGAAUUGCUUGAAGAAACGAAACGAAAAGCCGCAUCCAUCCAGGUUCUGCCACCGGAUGGCGGGUCUGUGCCUCUUGUCAACGAGGUCAUGAGUUCUUUGAUCACGUUGACCGCUUAUUCUGGACCUCUGGCAUCUAUUUUAACUUCCUUGGGAGAUGGAAACUGGCGCUCUAAUUCUAAUGCUUCGGGUACUGCUCCGUUAGAUGUCAGUCCAGAUAGCUCAACACUUCUAUCACACUUCAUUCUUGACAUGAUCGAAGCCCUUAUGAUUGCCCUGGAGUCUCGGGGUCGGGCAUUCCAUCGCACCAAAGCUGUCCAGGGCGUCUUCCUGUCAAAUAUAUUUUGCAAUGUUGACCGCGCUAUUCGGUCGAAUCCCGAACUAGCACGAUACCUCGGCUCUCCCGACAGUAUCGCACGGAUAGACACCUUUCGCAAGCGCGCUACUUCAACUUAUUUGGAUUCUUGGAAGGAGACUUCGCAGUAUCUGCUUGAUGUGCAAUACACAUCUCGGGGUGCCGGUGCGUCAACUAGACCAACGUCCGGAGGCAUUGUUGAUUCUAGCGCCAUAGUCAAAUCUCUUUCAUCAAAAGAUAAAGACGCAAUUAAGGAUAAGUUCAAGGCGUUCAAUGCAAGCUUCGAUGACCUAGUUUCUCGUCACAAGGCUCUGUAUAUGGAGCGAGAGGUGCGAGGUGUCCUGUCCCGUGAGGUGCAGACUGUGCUGGAGCCAUUGUAUGCGCGUUUCUGGGACCGCUACCAUGAAAUCGACAAGGGAAGAGGCAAUAUUAUCAAAUAUCAUGUGAUGAUAGCCCCUCCGGAUUUAACUCAUAACGUGACUGAUAAGCGGAGCCCCGCUAAGUCUGGCCACCGCAAGCAAAAUUUCCGUCGAUCACGCACACACUCUGCCCCCAAACCUCCUUCUAUUUCUCUUCCUGCCUUUCAAUUCCUUGUGGAACAACGAUGUUUACCAGACCCCUCUCAACUCGCGUUAUGCGAAAACCGUUUCUCCACCUGGAGAAAGCUCUGGCUGUGGCUUGCUGAGUCUGAGAAAGAGCUCGGCUUGUCUAUCUCUGAUGAGGCCAUUGAGCAGAUGAAGGCCCACCUUACCAUCCAGGACGAAGAGUUCAAGGUUGCUGCUGAGGAGGAGAAGCGCCGCAGACACGAUGUCAUGGCCCACGUUCAUGCUUACGGUCAGGUCGCACCCGCUGCUGCUGGCAUCAUUCACUGGGGUGCCACUUCAUGCUACUGCACGGACAAUGCGGAUCUGAUCUUCCUCCGUGACGGCCUCGACAUCCUCAUUCCCAAGCUUGCUGUCGUCAUUGACAAGCUGUCUGCGUUCGCUCAGCAGUACAAGGACCUGCCUUGCCUUGGUUUCACUCACGGCCAGCCCGCUCAGCUUGUUACUGUCGGAAAGAGAGCCUGCCUCUGGAUUCAGGACUUGCUCAUGGAUCUGAGAAACUUGGAGAGGGCCCGUGAUGACUUGCGCUUCCGUGGUGUCAAGGGUACCACCGGUACUCAGGCUUCUUUCCUCCAGAUCUUCGACGGAGACCACUCCAAGGUUGAACAGCUGGACGAGCUUGUUACCCAGAAGGCCGGCUUCGAUUCCGCAUUCAUCAUCUCCAGUCAGACCUAUUCUCGAAAGAUCGACGUUGACGUUGGCAACGCCCUGGGCUCUUUUGGAUCUACCUGCGAGCGCAUCGGCAUCGACAUCCGCCAUUUGGCCAUGCUUAAGGAGGUUGAGGAGCCUUUCGAGAAAGACCAGAUCGGCAGCAGUGCCAUGGCUUACAAGCGUAACCCCAUGCGUUCUGAGCGUCUGUGCUCGCUCGGAAGACACCUCCAGAACCUCCCCAAGGAUGCACUGGACACCUACUCCGCGCAGUGGUUCGAACGUUCUCUGGACGACAGCGCCAUCCGUCGUAUCAGCAUUCCCGAGCUCUAUCUCUCUGCCGAUGCUUGUCUCAUUCUCCUGAACAACGUUACCUCCGGCUUCGUUGUCUACCCCGAAGUCAUCAAGCGUCGUGUCAAUGACGAACUUCCCUUUAUGGCCACUGAAAACGUCAUCAUGGCCUGCGUCAAGAAGGGCCUCUCCCGCCAGGACGCCCACGAGGAGAUCCGUGUCCUCUCCCACCAGGCAGCAGACAAUGUCAAAAAGCAUGGCAAGGACAACGACCUGCUCGAGCGUAUCCGCCGCACCGCAUUCUUCAACCCCAUCCUGGGCGAACUCGACACCCUCCUCGACCCUAGCACCUUCGUCGGCCGUGCCCCCCAGCAAGUCGAGAAGUUCACCUCCACUGAGGUCAAGAAGGCCCUCGAGCCCUAUGCCGCUGCCGUUGCCAAGGCUGAGACCUCUACGCUUAGCGUUUAA